AUGAUUGUUUUUUUUUUUUUUUGCAUGCUAAUAAGUGUUACAUUAUCUCUACACCCUAUAUUUGUGCAAUACCUAUCUAUAAUAAGAUUCACAUCAUCUAUUUGUCUAUGUCUGGUACACACCAAUUUACAGACGUACUUACUGCCUUUUUCUUUCUUUGAUUUUUUUUUACAUCAUUUAUUCCCUUCAGUAUUCUUUCUUUAUCUAUCUCUAUUCAUCGUCCAUUUUCUUCUUCCUUUCUUUGCAUCAUUUAUUAAUUUAACUUCAAUAUUUAUUACACAUUUAUCAUUUGCUUUCUUAUUUUCUUUCUUCUUUCUUUGUUCAUAUUAUGACCGUCCAUGUUGUUCUUACUUACUUUUUUUAUCAUUCUUCUUUAUUCGUUCUUUCUUAGUUAUUUUUUUAAUCGAACCGUACAUUUUGUUCUUCACUUUAUUGCAGCAUUUAUUCAAUUUUUCUUCCAUAUUUUUCCUCGCCUUCAUCUUUUACUUUCUAUCAUUCUAUUUGCAUUCCAUUUUUUUUUCUCCUUGUUUCUUUCUUACUUGCUUUUCUUACAUUUUUCAUAUUCGCACAGUAUUUUCUUCUUCCUUCUUUUUAUCAUCCGUUCAUUUCUACUUGAAUAUUUUUCACGGAUUCAUCCAUUACUUUUUAUCAAUCGACGUAUCAUUCUUCUUUUUCUUUCUUAUUUUUUCUUUCAGGCUUGCUUUCUGUUUUCGUAUUCAAACCGUCCAUGUUUUUCUUCCUUUCUUUGCAUCAUUUAUUCAUUUUUUUCACCAUUUUUUUUCACGCAUUCUUCUUUUAAUAUCUAUCAAUCUUUUUUAUCAUUAUUCUUUUCUUUUUCUUUCUUGCUUUCUUUUUUCACAAUCAAACCGUGCAUUUUCUUCAGCCUUCCUUAACAGCAUUUAUUCAUUUUUCCUUCACGAUUUUUCGCGCAUUUAUCAUUUUUUCUUUUAUUUCUAUCUUUCUUUCUUUCUUCGUAUUCAGACCGUGUAUCUUCUUCUUUGUCUCAUUUGUUAUCAAUUUUUCUUCAAUAUUUCAUUCGUGCAUUACGUUUUAUCAAUUUCUUUCUUUAUUUCCUUUUCUUUCUCUUUUCUUUUUCUAUCUUUCUUCAUAUUUAAGCCGUCUAUUUUCUUCUUUUCUCACAUUCCCUACACAUUUAUUUCUCUUUCAUCUUCUAUAUUUUAUUUUUUCAGUUUCUUCCUUUCGUUCAUUAUCACCUAUAAUACUUUCCUUCUUUUCAUCCUACUUUUUUUCAUAUCUCAUACUAUUUUCUUUCUAAUCUUUUCUUUAUUACAUUCUUUAUUUCUUUCACUUUCUUCUUCCCCUUCUUUUUCUUUCUUCGUCUCCUUCAAUUUUUUUUUUUUCUUACUUUUUCUUUCCCUUUAUUUAUCUCACUCUUCUUUCAUUCGACUUUUUCCCUUGUCUCCUUCAAUUUUUUUUAUUCUUCAUUCCUUCCAACUAUUGGACUCCACCGUAAUUAUGCCAAUACUCUCGCUCCCCACUUUCUUUCUCUCUCGCCUCUCUUCUUCUUAUUUCUUUUUCACUUUCUACCCGCCAACAUCCAUCAUUCUACCAUUCUUCCUUUUCAUCAACAUUCAUGAAAAUUUUGUCGUUAACGCCUUGUUACCCCCACUUCCUUCCCUUUCGGUCGCUUCUACCCUUCCCCGCCUCUCUUACUAG